AUGAGCUACGAGAAUUAUGAUCCAUGUUUCCCGGACCAACCAGUUGUUGAUCAAUACCUCCCGGUCUGGGCUAGCCUUCCCUCCUUCCGGUCCAAGCCGGCUUUCAUUUGGGCAGAAGACGGUUUGCCCGGUUUGCAGUGCUCCAGUCUCACUUAUGAAGGGCUAAACAACUCAGUCUACUCAAUUUCCUCUCAACUUCAACUAUCCUUUCAGAGAGGUGACACCCUCGUUAUCUUAUGCUCCCCUGGACUCGAGCUUGUUCAGAUUCUAUUUGCAUGUCAACGAGCUGGACUCACAUCGGUGCCAAUUAUCCCUCCAAACCCAACUUUUUCAAACAACGAUCACCAUCACCUCAAUCGUGUUUUGUCUCAAACACAACCAAAAGCAGCUAUUGCAAACCGGGGUUACAUCGCAAAGGUUCAAGAAUACUUGAACCUUUCCGGUUCCGAAAAUCCCUUUUCUAAACUAUUGCACAAUACGUUGUGGAUAUCGGUGGAAAAUCUUCUCGAGAUAAAUGUAAGCUCAUACCGUAGCUUACAUUUAAGCUUACAUUUAUCUUAUCCCGGUUGCAAGGUAGACGAGGUGUACUUGGUCCAGUACACCUCUGGUGCAACCGGGAUACCGAAGCCUGUCUUGGUGACAGCUGGGGCAGCUGCUCAUAACGUCAGAUUGGCUAGAAAAUCGUACGAUCUUCAUCCAAAUAGCGUCAUAACAUCGUGGCUACCACAAUACCAUGAUUGUGGGCUUAUGUUUCUCUUGUUAACAAUCGUUUCAGGAGCAACUUGCGUGUUAACUUCACCUAACGCGUUCAUUACACGACCUAGGCUUUGGCUUGAGUUGAUAACCAAGUUCAAGGCGACUUGCACUCCUGUGCCUUCGUUCACGUUGCCAUUAGUCAUCAAACGAGGUCAAAUGUUUGAUAAGAGACUCCUUCCUAUUAACCUAACCACCAUGAAAAACUUGAUAAUCAUCAAUGAACCAAUAUACCAAAAACUAGUUGAGCAAUUUGUGGAAAUGUUGAGCCCAUUUGGUCUAAAGGCUUCCUCGAUUUGUCCAUCCUAUGGGCUAGCUGAGAAUUGCACUUUUGUCUCGACAGCAUGGAGAUCAAGAGUGCAAGAAAUCGAUUUCCCUACCCAUAAGAAGCUACUACCAAGUGCUUGCCUCAAGUACGAUGAAGAAGAGGAAGAUGAAGAUCAAAUGAAUAUGGUAAUCGUCAAUGAGGAAACAAAUGAGCUGGUGGAAGAUGGUAUCGAAGGAGAGAUAUGGAUUGCUUCUUCUGCAAGCAAUGCUUCGGGCUACUUGAGUCAUCCCUCUUUAACUCAAGAAGUUUUUCAGAGUAGGUUGAAAGGAAGAUUCAGCCAUGAACGUUUCAUUAGAACAGGUGAUAGAGGGAUCAUUAAAGGCGAUGAAAGAUUCCUGUAUGUGACAGGUCGUUGCUCGGAUAUCAUCAAACAUGAAAACAUGGUGGAAACUCACGCUCAUUAUCUGGAGACUGCAGCAUUCGAAUCUUGUAUGAGGUUUCUACGUGGAGGGUGUAUUGUAGCCUUUGAUGUUCAAGGGGAUACAACUGCCAUUGUUGCAGAGAUGCAGAACAGUGGUGAGGAAAACGAAAGUAUGUUUAGAGGAAUAUGUGAAGGAAUAAGAGGUUUUGUGAUGAGGGAAGAGGGUGUUCACGUAGGGUUGGUUUCCCUAGUUAAGAGUGGAAGUAUUCCAAAAACGACGUCUGGAAAGAUACAACGAUGGCUUGCUAAACAAAGAUUCUUGAGUGGAAAAAUGGAAGUGCUGAUGGAGAUGAAGUUUAGUAAAGAAGAGGAUGAAGAAUUCAAGAAAUCUUUCCUGAAAAAUCUUAUGAUUGAUAAGAGGGAAAGUAAAAAGGUUGUAUUAUACAGUAAUUUAUGA